CGCGCAGCGAGUAUAUGUAUACGAUUCGCAUUCAUUCGAGAUUCCGAGAACGUCAGGAAACAAAUCCAAUCAUGACUAGCACAGCGGCACCACAGCUUCGGCGUUCGAAGCGCAAACAGGCCGAGCAAGCCGCCAAACCAGUGGCUGACACCGCCAACGACGAUGCGCCACCACCUAGGAAACGUGCACGUAAAGCUGUCGCAUCUACGACGGAACCUCCUACCAUCAAGAGUGUUGAUAGGAAAGUCGAUGAACGCGAUACGGAUAUCGUACCCAUAGAGUCACGGCAACAUAACUAUACUUUACCCCCAUUCCUCGCUCUCCCACGAGAACUACGAGACGAAAUCUACAAACACAUCCUAAACUCCGACCGCUCCUCAAAACUAAAAUCCGGCUCCCGUAACAUCGUCACCCGCUGCGGCCUCGUCGGAGUAAACAACCAAAUCUCCGCCGAAUUCCUCGACGCAGUCCUCUUCCACGCCCCCGUCAUCACAACAGUCGUCCGCAACCACAACUUCGCACCCGUCGUCACCUUCCUAAACCGUCUAUCUCAAGCCCAGCUAAAGCGGCUGAGCAACUACCCAGAAUCACAGGCUACAGGAGUAGACGACGACGACGACGACGAUGUGAGAGCAAAGCGCAAGAUCAGGAUUAUCCUGAGUUACUCGGCGGGUGCAAAGGAUAGUCGUGCGCAUCUGAAUCGCUGGCUAGACCGCUUUGAUAACCCGGAUAAGAGGGGUAAGGAGAUUGAGUUCGAGUAUGGUAAUGACGGGACGUAUGGGAAUGGGGGGUACAAGCAGCGACCUAGGUCACGGGAGAAAGCAAGUAAGAGGUGGAAUGAGGAGGCGAGAAAGAUUCUGAUGAACGCUGGUAGGAGGGGAUGGUGGUGAGACGGGGAGUCAUGGUGUAUGGAUGCACUCGUGGUACGCCAAGUCGACAUUUAGAAGUGUCUUUGAUGGUCGAGAUGUAGCUGGGUGUUGAGAUGGAUUGGCCGAGGUGGCUUGGAACAUGUCUGAGCGGUUUGCCAGAGACGGGUCUGGGACUUUGAACUAGGACAAGGAAGAUGUUUGAAAUCGAAUACUUGCACUCAAGGCGAGAAGUGCCAGGAGACAUGGUCGGCAGCCGUCUCGUAGGGGGGACGCAUAUUGCCGAGGACAUGUAUUGCACGUGAUCAUCUAGAGAGCAUCCAGACUCCGUGCAUCUAGAUCCAUAGCAUGGCAAGAACCUCGUGUAUGCGCCGCUUUAGCCGAAAGUCGCUUCAACUAAAGCAGUCCGUCAUCUGCAUAUAGCGACGGAGGCCCAAGCACCGAUGCUUUUCGCCCUAGAUUGUGUCGAGGUUUCUAGUGAUGA